AUGGUGGCGACGCUACUGCUUCUUAUGGCGCUCAACACUCCGCUAGAAGCGGUGUCGAGCGUCGUGACCGUGCUAGACUGCAUCUGCGACAGGUUCUUCGACAGGGAAUUGGAAGAGACGACGAACAGUAGGCUGCGCCCGUACUGCGUCGGUCCUUACACCAUAUUCAGUAAGCCCUCAUGCGAAGACAACAUUCCGGAUGUCUUCCCUAAAGGCGAGUACGCUGUGGACAGACCAUCAUGCGCAUACGCCUUGAAGGAGGACGACGACCCACAAAAGUACGGUAGAAACGGCUCCAGGUGCGAAGACGCCAUGAUGGAUGACGCCUUCAGCAGCUCGCUCGCCAUGGUUGCUCAAAUGAUUCCUCAUCGCAACAGCUCAGCACGCCUGCGUGGCGAUCCGCCCGACACGUGUGACUCAGUAGACGGGUUGCGAGAUAUGGAAGCCGACGACGCCACCAACUUGCUGUGUCAAGUCGUGCCAGAGAUAAUGAACACCGUGCCAGGCGAAUGGUUGGUGGACAUGCAACUGAGUGAGGAAGUACUUCAAAUGCCCCAUCAGCGAAGAGAGCUGUUGGACAAACUAUUACUAACUAAUGCCUGGCUUUCGAAAGCCAUAAUCAGCAAUUUUGAUUGCCAAGUGUUGAGAAGCGACAGCCAAACCAGCUCUAUGGGAAUUGGUGUUGACGACAUCGUUCGCAACUUGAAGCAGCAGACAUCCCGUGAUUUGAGUGACCACGCACACAUCCUCUCACUUGCAGUCAAGAGCAUCGAAAGUACUUUAACUGUUCUGAUACUCGAAGAAAAGGGUAAGAAUAUGUCUCAACAGCAGUUGUCAAGUUUAAUUAAACACGUAGUAAAGCUCGGGAGCAUGUUGCAUGUGCAUACAAGUGGAUGGAUGGAAGAUAUUUACGAUCUUAUUGGCGAAAUACAUAACAUCCAACUGUACGAAGACCCACUGAAAGCACGGAAGCCCGUAAUCAGGUUCCCACUGGUCGGCGAUCUUUUACUGGAAUACCACAACAAGAUCCUGACGCUUCGAGAAGAUUUUGCGGAGCAGUGUGAGAAGAGCAUUCCAGGAGCGUCGGAAAUGCUGCAGCUGGCAGAAGCAGUCUACACGUACCUCGACAACAACUGGUUACGUCUUGUCCGGCUGUUGUUUGUACCGUUCUAUGGGUUCAAUGUGACAUUUGAAAAAUGGCAGCUGGGGGACCUCAGUGACAGCCGCGUGUCGGUAGACGGCAGUUGCGUCCAGCUUCUGGUGGACCUGCUGGACCGGCCUGGAUGUCCUCUGGAAGACACCCCAGACGAAGCUCUUCGGCAGCGGGAAAUGUGCCGUGUACAACUGGGCAGAGACCUUACGCUCGGGUUGUCUUACGUACCAAUAACAAGCUACCUGGCGUACACGCAGAGGGUAAACAUCAACAUCUGUUUGCUGUCCUGGAUGGUCAUUAAUUCGAAGACUAUAUGUCAGGAUCUCCCCGACAGGGUGCUGAAAUCUGUGAGUGUAGCUCGUUGCUUCUUCUCCCAUUCUGUAGGCAAGUCGUGUAGCCCAAACAAUUCGUCAGACUUCGUCUGUCUUGUCUCCAGAGCUGUUUUCUCCUUAUUGUACCUGGCGACCACUGUCCAGCUGGACAGCUCGCUCACACUGCUCAGCUGCAUCUGGCUGAACACGUUCUGCUACCUGGUGUUCUCCGGGGUUCGCCACCUCAGGCUACCGGACAGCCUCGACCCUAGCGAAGCCAGACGCCUCUUCCGCCUCUACGUGACGUACGCCCUGUCCGUCUGGACUGUGGUCACGUCCACCUUCGUCUCUCUCGAACGCGUGAGCGAGCAGUACUUGUUCCACAGUCGGACGCUACUGCUGACUGCCAUCUCGUUGUCAGUGGCCUGCAACUUCCUGCUCCUCCUGGCCCUAGCGUACACGUACAUCCGUACGCGUCAGUCAGUGUCGAAGCUGCGUACCACCACCACCAACAAAUUUGGAACGAGGAAGCAGCAAAUCUUCAUGUCGGCGAAGACUUUCCUCCUGAGUGGACUGGGUAUUUUGGCCCGAGUGGGCUUCCACCAGGCUGAAGGAAUGGCCCGGUACGUGUACUGUGUUCACCUGACCACCAUGCUGCAGGGUCCCGCCAUCUUCGUGCUCUUCGUCUGCAACGGCUCGGCGCUGCCCCAGCUCAGACACCGCCUUCAGCGAUGGUGGAGCCCCGAUGUCGUCACAUCAAGGGAAGAUCUAUGCUCUUCAGCCCAGAAAAAUUUGGCCAGUCGCAGACGAAGAAUGGAACAAAAUGUGCUAGCAACACCAGUUUGA